CGUUAUUUGUAGCGUUAUUUUUCAAAUUUUCCCAACUCUAUUCAGGUUGACAAUUAUAUGAAGAUUGACACUCGUAUUUGAAGUUUUGAAAAAAUGGUUUGAUUUCAAAUAAUUUCAAAAGUGAACAAUAAAUAAAUGCAUUUUAUGCGACAGUUUGCGGAGGCAACACUUAAAUCGCGAUUCAUCUAAUCAGUACGCUUCCUUUCAGUCUCGAAAUCAACCAGUCGUAAACUUUUGAACAUGGUGCACUCUGUGAAACCCGCGAAGCCUAUUAGUAUCAAAGCAACUUUAGCAGUUACCUUCACCAUCACAGCGACUAUAACAAUCACAAUUCUGGUCCUCUACCACGUUCUUACCGGUAAAGGAGAAAGAAUAAGCCUGGGAUGGUUCCUACAGGAGACAUCUCCCCAUAUGUGGGCCACCCUUGGUAUAGGGCUGUCUGUAGCCCUGUCAAUCGUAGGUGCUGCGAUGGGAAUUUAUACUGUUGGAGUCAGCAUUGUUGGUGGUGGUGUUAAAGCACCCAGAAUAAAGACAAAGAAUCUUAUUUCGGUAAUAUUUUGUGAAGCUGUUGCUAUCUACGGUCUUAUUAUAGCCAUCGUGUUAGCUGGCCUUUUAGAAGAUUUCACAUGGGAUGUAGUAACCAAUGACCAUUAUUUGUACUCCAAGAAUUGGCUGUCAGGUUAUUUGAUGUUUGGAUCAGGCUCAGCAGUAGGCCUAGUGAACCUUUUCUGUGGCAUGGCAGUUGGCAUAGUUGGGUCUGGAGCAGCCUUGACAGAUGCUGCAGAUUCUAGUUUGUUCAUGAAGAUCCUUAUCAUUGAGAUCUUUGGCAGUGCCAUAGGUCUUUUUGGAUUGAUUGUUGGUAUUUAUAUGGUCUCUAAGGUUCAGAUGGGAGAUGUAAUACAUUAAAGAAAUAUGCCAAAGAUGAAAUUUUAGCCAGUUUGAUUGCCAUAGAUGUAUAAGUCCAUUCUAAUUUUUAUUUGGUGUUGUUGUUUGUGUUUGUUGCUUAUUAGUUAGUGUUAAAAACUAUCGAACCUAAGGUAUGUUCUGUAAUUUUUGCCUGUUGUAUCAUAAAAUAAGUAUUCUGAGUUUUCACAUUGAAUCUAAUUUGAUCUUUUAUUAGAAUUUAUUUAUAUUGUUCAGGAUUUUAAUAAGAAGAAACCUGAAAGAUUUUAAAAGUAUAGACAACAAAUAUUUUGCCUGCCUACUUUACAGAUUAUAUUGUAUAUUUUAUAGCCAUAAAAUGGCAGUUAUGAUUGUUAGAAAUUACCUAUUGUUAAAAGUCUAAUAUUAUAACAAGCUUAUUGCUGUUUAGCAAGAUAGUAUUCAAGGAAGUGGAGUUAACAAAGAUUUAUUUUAAAUCCUAUAUUGUUAUCAAAUGUAAUUAUUUUUUGUUCAGGUGGUAUUAGAAUUAUGUGGUGACUAAAAAUGAGGUUCACAUUUUUUUUCAACAGGCUUUUAACAGUUAAAACAAUGUGUGUUGAAAAAUAUAAAGUUUACCCUCUAGCAAUUCAAUACAACUUUAUUAGGAGGUCAGCACCUCUACUUUCUUGUAAUAAAAUUAUCUAGUCAACGUAGUUUCAAGACUACUGUCUGCUCAAGGACUGUUUUUGCAAUCAUUCCUGUUGAAGGUCCUUCCAAAGCUUACUUUUAUCUUGUGAUAUAUUUAAUGGCUUGUACUUUUAGCUAUUUUUGGAAUUCAGUGAGACUGAUUUUUCUAUAGAUCUGCUAUGUAUUUUUAGAAUAUUAAACUGCACUAAUGAAAUUUUGCAUUCGUGAUAAGCACAAGAUAUGCGAUAUUUAGAUCUGCACUCUAAACAUUGUUCACUAUAUUGAACUGUUAUGGGAAGUAUUUUUAGAAUAGCUCUUUACAAAUGCACCAACAUUUGUUGUGAUAUCUACAUUUUUAAAUUAUAUUUAUGGAGCCUAUAUAAUGCAUGAUUCUUGAAAAUGUGAGACAUUUUCCACACUGAUAAUUUUGUUCUAGAGGAUUUCAUAAAAUUGAUGCUUUCAAAGUUUUAUUUUUUGAUGUGUCCACAAUGUAAUAAAUAGGUCUGCUGCACUGUGUUACUAUUUUAAAGAUAACAAAGGAUUGUAUAUAUGCUUAAUAAAAUCAUCUUAAAAUUAAA